AUGACCGGCGAAGAAAAUGGUAACGCCCCAUUGGCUACAGCUGGCGGAACAAAGACUGAUCUCAAUCCUUCUCCGCAGUCCUCGAUUCUCCGCCAAAUUGUCGCUGGACCUAGAUUACAGCAUCCAGAAGCGAAUCUCGAUUUGUGCUAUGUGACCGAUAAUAUCAUCGCUACCUCCGGCCCUUCGGGGACCUACCCCCAACGAGCUUACCGCAACCCCCUCGAUGCCCUCGUGACCUUCCUCGACUCAAGGCAUGGCUCGAAUUGGUGUAUCUGGGAAUUCCGCGCUGAAGGAACAGGAUACCCCGACUCAGAGGUCUAUGGACGAAUCCACCAUUUCCCAUGGCCAGAUCACCACCCACCGCCCUUCGCCCUGAUCCCCAAUAUCAUGGGCAGCAUGCGAAACUGGCUGCACCGACUAGACGAGCAAAAAGAGUCAGAGUCAACCGAACAAAAGUCAGACGCGAAGAAGACAGACUCGUCGAGCGACCGGGUCAUAGUCGUCCACUGUAAAGCUGGCAAAGGACGCAGCGGGACAAUCGCCACGGCAUACUUGAUAAGUCAAGAAGGAUGGAAAAAAGAAGAUGCACUACAACGGUUCACAGACCGACGUAUGCGUGUCGGGUUCGGUGCUGGCGUUAGCAUCCCGAGUCAGCUCCGGUAUGUGGAUUACAUCGAUCGGUGGACGAAUCAGUUGAACAAAGUAUAUAUUGAGCGUCCGGUGGAGAUUCUCGAGGUCCACGUUUGGGGCAUGCGCGAUGGCGUCAAGGUUGCGGUGGAGGGGUACAUAGAUGAAGGCAAGAAGCGGAAAUGCAUCCAUAUGUUCCAUCGGCGUGAACGAACGGUCAUCGAAUCGGGUAACACGACACCCGCAAAAGAGGUGAAUGGGGAAACUGGGAAAACAGAUGCAGCUACGAAUGGACCCGUUUCAGCCGCAACGUGGGCCCCGUCACCAAAUUCCUCACAAACCGAUAUCUCCCCAGAAACAGAAUUUGCACGCCGAUCAACCAUUUCCCCAUCAGGCACACUAUCCGCCGCAGUCUUCAGACCAGAAACUCCUCUGAUUGUACCCGGUUCCGAUGUGAACAUCGACUUCGAACGACGCAGCAAGGCAUCAUAUACUGGCUUCGCAAUGGUAACAUCUGUCGCGCACGUAUGGUUCAACCCCUACUUCGAAGGCGGCGAUGAGCACAACUCGGGCGUAUUCGAAAUAGAGUGGGAAGCAAUGGACGGAAUCAAAGGCAGUGCAAGGAAGGGAAUCCGCGCAUUGGAGCGAUUGAAGGUUGUAUGGCGGUAUCCGGAGACUGUUCGAACCGACAGCACUGGACGACCAAUCAGCGAACCGAAGCCCGGCGAGCCGAUUAUUGAAAGCCACGCAGCAGAUUGGCGACAGAACCGUGCGGAGAAAGAGGGUGAGGAAAAUAAACCUCCAUUGCCGGAACGUGGUGUUUCAGAGACAGCACCUGCUUCGACUGAUACCAGCUCACCUGUGCCUACUAAAGAGUCCGCGCGUGAUGAGGAGUCAGUCCAGGAGUUGGAGAGGCAAUUGGGAUUAAGGCAGCAGACUGAUGCGAGUAAGGAUGUCAGUCUGGCUGGGAGUGAAGACGAGGGAAGGGCUGUUGAUGAGGGACGGGUGGCUCAGGGCAAGGGGAAUGGGAAUGGGAACGGGGAGAUAGAGGGUGUUAGAUCUUAUUUCAAGAAUGGACAGGAAGAGGGGUGA